AUGGCAACUAGAAAUGGAGCUGACAAUUUAUUCAAAUAUGCUGAUACAAAUCAAUAUGAAAAUAUUGAUAAACAUGAAUUUCCUCAUGUGUUUUCAAAUACUGAAGGAUUGAAUAAUUCAUCAUAUGACUCAACAGCUAAGAGACUCUAUCGCACUGAAUAUAUUACUAUUCAAUGUGAUCAAUAUAACUAUAAUGGUAGUUAUUACAAUGCUUCAGAACUUACGGCUGAUAAAUAUAGUCCACAUGGAAGUACAAUAGCACCUCCUGAGUGGGCUAAUGCUACGGUGAUUGAUACAUAUAGUGAGGAAGAAACGAAUGAAUAUCUUAGAAAAUUAGGUGGUGAUGUUUUUAUCGAUCCUAACCCACAAAUUAUUCGACGAGCAGUAUCUGAAGCACCAGUAACACAAGAACAACUAGUUUUUGUUCAAUAUCUUCAACCCCCAUCUGCUCCAGAAUCAGAAGUAAUGAGACAACUUAUUGACAAAUUCAUUCUUACUGAUCUUUGUAUGAUUAUAGCCAAUCAUUGUUAA